AUGUUUUCACAAACGACAAAAGAAUGCAAAAUUUGUAACGAUGACGUGCCCGUCAUCAAUUUCACGAAUUCCACUACCAAAUGUAACCAUAAAGACAUAUGCCGUGCUUGCCUCAACAAAAAUAUUGAUCGUCAACUGAAUUUAAAAGGUAAUACCAAUAUUGAGUGUUUAGAGAGAAAUUGUAAGGUCUUGAUGGAAUAUGAGGACAUGAAGCGAGUUGUUAGUAAAGAUUUGUUUGAAAGAUAUGACCAUCUUUGUUUUCGUCAAGCUAUACGACAAAUGCCAGAUUUUCGAUGGUGCAAAAGCCCGGACUGUGGUUCAGGGCAAGAGCAUUUUGAACGAGACAAGGCUCCAAUAAUGAUUUGUGCCGCAUGUGGAAAAAUGACUUGCUAUACACACGAUGUCCCGUGGCACAAAGACCUCACUUGCGCACAGUACGAUAUUGUGAUACAGACCACCGAAGGUGCAACGCAAGAUGCUAUUGAACGCGAGACCAAACCGUGUCCAAAAUGUCAAAUUAGAAUUUUUAAGUUGGAGGGUUGCUCUCAUAUGACCUGCGCCAAUUCCGGAUGUUAUCACCAGUUUUGUUGGUUAUGUGGUGCGGAUUAUAAAGAAAUUUUAAAACAUGGCAACAACUCUCACAAAACAACAUGCGAGCUGUACGGUAAAGCAAAACACAGCUAA